AUGUAUACUUGCAACCUAUAUGUGCCGCAUAUAGGAAUUAAAAGCUGGUACAAAAAUAAACGUAGAGAAUAAUGAUGAGUGGCUUCGUUUCGGUAGGCUACGUUAAUAAAAAAUUGAGUUUUAAUAUGUAUUUAAAAUACUAACCGAUAACGAAACUCUUCGUUUGCCACGUUUACUUUCCGUUGGCAGCUCUGGUGUUUUUAAGAUCCUCCUACAGACCUAACCGUCACCAUUUAUAUUGACCACUCUUCAUGCAGAAUAAAGCUGCUGUCGAAUGCUGAUGGGAUAAGCUUAUUCCCCGUUAACCGCAUAUAGAAGAAGCUCACGUACUGUACCGCACCCUAUUCCAGGCAUCUUCGAUCAACAUAUAGGCAAGAUGGCCUCUGGUCUGGAACAGAGCGGGACCGGCAAAAGCCCGAAUCCCAGUUACGUAAAAAAUCCACACUUAGAUUUAAUGAAGGAGGAUUUUUUGUACCAUUUUGACCUGGGAACAGCAACACAUGACUUACCAGCAAUGUUCGGGGAUGUGAAGUUUGUGUGUGUUGGGGGAAGUUCAUCGAGAAUGAAGUCAUUCAUACAGUUCAUUGCUGGAGAACUUAAGCUGGGAGACCCAAAGGAUGAAUACCCCAACAUCUGUGCUGGCACCGACCGCUUCGCCAUGUACAAAGUGGGACCUGUGUUAUCUGUCAGUCAUGGCAUGGGCGUCCCCUCCAUCGCAAUAAUGUUGCAUGAACUCAUCAAGCUCCUGCAUCAUGCACGGUGCAGUGACGUCACUUUGCUGCGCCUUGGAACCUCCGGCGGCAUAGGCCUCGAGCCAGGCACUGUGGUCAUCACCAGGCAGGCUGUGGAUGGUAGUUUUGUGCCACAGUUUGAGCAGGUCAUCCUAGGGAAGAAAGUGUUGAGAAGCACUGCCCUGGACGAGACGCUGGCUGAGGAGCUUCUGCAGUGCGGCAAGCAGCUGAACGACUUUGAGACGGUCAUCGGCGACACCAUGUGCACUCUGGACUUUUAUGAAGGUCAAGCCCGUCUGGACGGUGCUUUCUGUUCCUACUCUGAGGAAGACAAGCGGCGCUACCUGAAUGAGGCCUACCGGGCCGGUGUCCGGAACAUUGAGAUGGAAUCCACUGUGUUUGGCGCCAUGUGUAAGAUGAGUGGCCUUCAAGGUGCCGUUGUGUGUGUCACGCUGUUGGACCGUUUGCAAGGAGAUCAGAUGACAAGUUCCCAUGACCUACUUCUGGGUUACCAGCUACGUCCGCAGAGACUGGUGGGAAGCUACAUCAAGAAGAAACUGAAUGCAGUGUAGGAAGCAGGGAUGAACAGAGCUGAUUUCAGAGAUUUUCCAAGGUCAUUGUACAGGACACUUUGGAUGCAGUAUUACAUUAUAUAUGAAUUACACUCUCUUUUAUUUAGGAAAGAUUUCCUCAGAUAUUACUGCUAUUGAUGCUCUAUAUUUACUACAUAGUUCAACAAAUAGAUGCUACCAAAAGCAAAUCAUGCUCAUUUAACCUUAUGACUAUUAAUAUUUCAGCAUUUGCCAAAAUGAAAUAAUUUGCUUUAUAACUUUGCACUACCUGUUAAUUUACAUAACUGAUUAUAAGAUAGUGAUAGUAAAAAGAUAUAUUGGAAUUUUUAAAGUGAUCGUUCUAUAAAGAGUUUGUUUUAAAAAAAAAAAACUAUUGUAUAACUCAUAAAAUGCAUUAUUUCAAAUGAUGCAGCUCAUUAAAACCUUGCCGAUUAAUUAGGCAGUUAAAAUCGGCUGGAGAUAAAGAAUACUCAGAGAACGCUCUGCCUUUUCAAAGUUUCAAGUUAACGAUCCAUAAAUAUUGUUCAGGGAAGACUCAGUGAAGUGGAGUAUGAUUAUGUGUGGAGUUCAAUAUCCUGAGGGUAUAGAUUAAUAUUGAUUUUUAUUUAGCAAAAGGUGGCCCCAAGUGGGUACUACUGGGUACUAGGUACUAGUGGGUACUACUGGGUACUAGGUACUAGUGGGUACUACUGAGUACUAGGUACUAGUGGGUACUACUGGGUACUAGGUACUAGUGGGUACUACUGGGUACUAGGUACUAGUGGGUACUACUGGGUACUAGGUAUGGGCGAGGUUGCAAUAGAGCAAAGGAAACUUUUUUUAUACUAUGGAGGGAUUAUUUUGGAAUAAAAUUCCUGUUUAGCACUAAGUGCAAAUCUGGCACAUGCUGAACUGCACUGAAUCCCCAAACAAGCAAGAUGGACUCACUAGUGUGUAGCACAGCGUAUUAUGCACGAUGACGAUUAAACUACAAGUGCACUAAGAUUUUUAAUGGAAACUUGAAAACCAAAUUAAGUAAUUAAUAUGUUAAGUAUCUGAAUUCUUCUCAUGGUGAAAAAGCACAGACCAAAAUGCACAUGUUCUUCCUUCCCAGCAUCUCUGUGGGCUUUUUAUGUCAAGUCAAUACAAAAUUGAUACGGCUGUAUACAGCGCACAACUUAAAUGAUGAGGUCUGUGUACUGAGGGGCAUGAACGAAGCCAUAUUAACCAUUGGGAGGGGUGCAUGCCCCUCCCACCCAGUUCCCACCCCCCUGGCUGUAUAGUCAUUUUUACAUGGAGCUUUUUAAAAAAUAAUAGGGUUUUUAAGCAAAUGACUGUUUUCUACAUUAUUUGAAAUGCCAGUGACUAAUCACAUAAACAUGUAUGGACAAAUGGUGCUUGCAAUUUUUUUGUAACCGCAGUAACACGAAAUAAACAGCAAUUAACUGGA